UCAGGGAACUGUGUGCUGUAAUUUUACUUGGGGACUUGUUUUGAAGGCAAAGUGUUCCUCGGGACAUUGUGAAUCUGUCCACCUUGCCUCCUUCGCUGCCUUAUGUUCUGCUUUUCCGUUAGCAGCAAAUCCGACUGCGAGAUGUUUGAAGUUUUCUACUUUCCCCUGGCUCCCCCUGACCGCAGCUGACAGACACGUUCUCUCGUCCAGCUAAAGCUCUUUAAGAAGUAGUAACCACACUGUAAUCUGGAACACCUGUGAACUGUUGCAAGAUGUUAUCAUGCAAGAUUUUCCUGCUGAGAUAUUCCUUCAAAGGCCAAACAUUGUUCAGAGCCUUUUAUCUCUGUUGAAACUGGCCUUUGGAGGAGAUGGAAAACAUCGUCUGGCCUUACAGUCAGUGUCCUGCUUGCAGCAGCUGUGCACGUAUUUAAGAAACAGACUCAAUUUCCACAGAGAUCCAAGUUUUUUCUCUAAUAAACAAGAUGCCGUGUCCCAGAACUCUUCUCUGUCUUACUGUCCUGACGUCAGGGCGGCUCCGCAUUCCCAGAACCCGUCUCCUGGAAGCAGCAGCCCCCGGCCCUCCGUGGUGGGGCGCACGGGCCAGCGGCCCCGGGGGGAUGGUCAGGACUGGGACGCCGUGUCCUCCAGGUGA